AUGAAGCUCUCCAUCUUCCUCCCACUGGCAGCCUUCCUAUCCAUGACCGCCGCCGAGAUCGCAAUCAUCAAUGACGGUGUCAGCCUCUGCUUGAACCGAUGUCUGACCGAAGCUGCAGCUGUCGCGGGAUGUAUCUCCCAGUAUGACACGGCGUGUACUUGCACAAGCCCUGCAUUCAGGGAUACGGUGCAAGUGUGUUUGAAGGAUGCUUGCACGGCGGAGGAUGCAGAAGAGGCGCAGGAGCUUCAUGAAGAACGUUGUGGGACGCCACCUAGCAAGAGUGAUGAUUGUUCGCGGUCUUGA